AGCCCAUCGACUCAUCCUUGUUUCAACAAUCCCAUCACAACCCUCUCAUAACCCCGACUCAGAAUGUCUUCAGAACGCGCUGAAGACGCCAGUCAACAGCCUCUUCUGUCCGAGCAUCGCCAAGCAGAUCAUGAUGCAUCCGCGUCGCGGGGUACUUUCACGCGUAACCUCGGCGCCGUCGAGGCCUUCGGUAUAGUCGUCAGCAUCGUCAUCGGCAGUGGAGUUUUCACCUCUCCCGGCUCCAUCGACACGAAUGUUCCAUCCCCGGGGUUGGCGCUGGUUAUUUGGUUGAUUGGUGGUGUUUUGGCUUGGACGGGUGCUACGACGUUUGCUGAGCUUGGAACUGCUAUUCCAGGCGAGGGUGGUGUUCAACCAUAUCUUCAGCAUAUAUAUGGCGAUAUCUGGGGUUUUCUCGCAGCGUGGACAUGGAUCGUCACCGUCAUGCCAGCAACGCUAGCAAUCCUCUCCAUCGUCUUUGUCGAGAGCGCAUACUCAGCCGCAGGUGUGAUAAACGAGGACCACCGCAUAUCGCACAAGCUCCUCUCAAUCUUAGUUCUCAUCGUCAUGAGCGUCGCAAACUCUAUCAGCACGAAAGCAAGUACUCGGCUCAACGGCUUCUUCGUGGUUCUCAAGUUUGUGAGUAUUCUUGUCGUGGUCAUGGCCGCGCUAGCUGUUGUUGGCGUUCACGCUACGCAUCCUGAUAAAGAAGCUGGGGGAGGCGAUUGGUUCAAGAAGAAUUGGUUUGAGUAUAGAGAUACGUAUAAUCCGAGCGGGCCAGAUACAGAUUGGAGCAAGUUGAGUCAGUGGGAGAUUUUUGGACAUUUUUCUGCUGCGCUUUAUGCGGCUCUUUGGGCUUACUCUGGUUGGGACAAGGCUAUCUAUGUUUCGGCUGAGCUUUCACACCCUGCAAAACAACUCCCCCUUGCUAUCAAUACCUCAAUCCCAACAGCGAUCAUCUGCUUCCUUGCCGCCAACGCUGGAUACUACGUUCUACUCCCAUGGGACGUUGUGAGCACUACCGACAGCGUGGCCGUCACUGCCCUCACGCGCCUUUUGGGUCGAGGCUUCGGUAUCGUCACGGCUGUUCUCAUCUGUCUAGUCGUCGCAGGUUCUUUACUUGGCAACUCAUUCGUUGCGAGCCGUAUGUGCGUCGCUGCAGCAAGAAAGGCUUGGAUCCCUAGUCUUUUCACCAUCGUUGGUAGAGUCGGCGUUGAGCCUGAUGCCGAGGAAACUGAGGAGUCUGAAGAUGUGUCUACUAAAGAAGCUGGAGACGCUCCCAUCAAUGCUGUCAUUCUUUCAGUUGUGCUCGCCUCAUUCUACAUUCUCUUUGGAAGCUUUAGGGCUCUCUUGACACUCAAUGGUCUGGGAGAGUACUCUUUCUUCUUCCUCACGGUUCUUGGCGCCAUCAUCCUGCGAUAUCGCGAACCUGAUCUGGAGAGACCUUACAAGACUUUCUCGAUCAACCCAGUAGUGUUUGUGCUAGUCAGCGGAUUUGUGGUUGUUCGAGGUGCCAUCUUUGCACCUGCUCAGGCGAUUGUCAUUCUUGUCAUCUGGGCUCUGGGCAUUGCCUUUUACAAGGUGCGACAAUAUCUCGCCACGAGGUAGAUUUGAUCACAAGUCACGGGCGAGAAGAGUUUCGAUUUGUGAGGCAAAAGCUAGGACUGCCUCUGUCAUGAUGUGCAAAUAGAACGGUCAAUGGCGACAUGGGAGACGGUUAGAAUUUAUGGAUUGCACUCACCAAAUGAUAGCUAGAUCUUGAUACGAAUAAUAAUUCUUUGAUUACUGACCCUUA